CUUCAGGCCUUACUAAUCAAUGUUGAUGUCUGCCGCUUGUUAGCCGAAGCUCUUCGUGGCCAAACUUCUCCCCUCAACAUGUUUCUGUCUGCUGCUGUCCGCUCUGCGGUGUCCCAGGCGGCCAGGCAGGUGAGGAGUCUGCACCAGUCUGCCGCUCGCGCUGGAGCUGGAGGCAUCUUCGUGCACAGAGACACUCCCGACAACAAUCCCGACACCCCGUUUGAGUUCACUGAAGAGAACAAAAAGAGGAUUGAGGCCAUCAUUUCCAUGUACCCUCAUGGACACAAGCAGGCAGCCACCAUCCCAGUGCUGGAUUUAGCUCAGAGGCAACACGGCUGGCUCCCCAUCUCGGCCAUGAAUAAGGUGGCCGAAGUGCUGGAAGUGCCUCCGAUGAGGGUGUACGAAGUAGCCACGUUUUAUACCAUGUUCCUCCGUCAGCCUGUGGGAAAAUACUUCAUUCAGAUCUGCACAACAACACCCUGCAUGCUCUGCAACUCCGACAGCAUCCUGGAAGCCAUCCAAAACAAACUGGGUAUCAAAGUGGGAGAAACCACGGCGGAUAAGAUGUUCACGUUGAUAGAGGUGGAGUGCCUGGGCGCCUGCGUCAACGCCCCGAUGGUCCAGAUCAACGACAACUAUUAUGAGGAUCUCACACCCAAGGACAUCGAAGAUAUCAUCGAUGAGCUUAAAGCCGGCAGAGUCCCACCCCCAGGACCCAGGAACGGCCGCUUCUCCUGUGAGCCUGCAGGAGGACUGACGUCUCUGACCGAGCCGCCGCCGGGACCGGGAUUCGGCGUCAGAGCCGACCUGUAGGCGCCUCUAUCUGCUUUUUUUGGAAGCAACUUGUCCCUGAAGCUGGCGUGUUUAACUCGGACAUACUGUGUAAAUAAACUGUUGAUGUUCCUCUA